CUUUUGUGUCCCCACACCCUUGCCCACAAGGCCAAAUCGCCACCUAUCUGCCCCUGCAACUCCACCGCUCUGUGAAUUUAUAUAAUUUAUUGAAUUUUCAUUCUCAAUAUUUCUUCUUAUUGCUCUCUAACACCUUUCUUAAUCCCUGUUUUUGAACUUUUUAAUGAUUCAAUGCUUGGUGGGUGGCCUUCUUUCGAUCCUCACAACUUCAGUCAGUUGAGGCCCAGCGACCCUUCAAAUCCUUCGAAAAUGGUGCCUAUUACUUACCGUCCAACUCAUGACCGGACAAUCCCAUCACCUGAUCAAGUCAUUGCUACUGAGAGCAAAAACAUUCUCUUGCGCCACUUUUAUCAACACGGAGCAGACAAGAUGAAAACCAAAAGGGCUUCGCCUGAAAGUCCUGAUCCUGAGCCAGCAUCGAAAGUCCCAAGGGCUUGUGCUUAUAAUGACACCACAAACACUCAAAAUAAUACCUAAUUUAGCUUUGCAAAAUCUCAAUGUGUUAACUUGUGACUUAUGAUAAUAGCAUGAAGUUUGUGUAUUUAGUGUAGAAUCGAAAACGAGGUUUUUGAUGUGUGUUUUGAGAUUUAAGGUGGGUGUAUAUUAUUAGGUUACAAAUGAUGUAAAGGGUUUAUUAUUAGGAUUUUAGAGCUGCAUGUGUGUGAUAUGAAUGACGUCGAUUUCUAUAAGUUUGUGGUUCACUGCUAUGAGUGCUUUUGGUGAAAAAAUUGAUAUGGUGAAACUUUUACGAGUUUUCUAGUUAUUAAUAUGAUUGCCG